AUGGAUAGGACAAUGUAUGGCAAGGUUUUGCCAGGCACUUAUUACCCGUUCCGCUGCGCGAUGAAGGAGCACGGAAUAUCGCCGGGCUAUGCCCUGUUGGCUGAUCUGCAGAACUCCAUCAACCCGGGUCGCGUCAGUAGCCCCGGUGGGAGGACCACAUCCCCCAGUGCAAGGACCAGUUCUCCGGGAAGAACGGUGUCGCCUAUUGGCAGAGGCAGCUCUCCCGGGCGCCUCAGUUCUCCAGGCGGCAGCUUGAGUUCUCCGACGUCGACGGGUUACGGUUCCAUCAAUGGCUCGAGGAAUAUAGGAUCUGAUUACGCUAAACCGGCUUCGCCUACCUACCAGAACACAACAGCGGUACACGAGAAAACAUCGCCAAUCAAGUACACAAACGCUCAACAAAGCUACACCAGUCACACGCCAAGUUACGGCAACUCGGCCGGCUACGGCAGGACCACGGGCCGGGGAAACCUCUCAGAACUGGACACUCUUCUCGACGACCUGAGUAAUGCGAGAUAUGGAAAUUAUUCGGAGAAGAACAGCUACACUGAUCGAUCGGACAGCUACUCAAGAACCAAUGGUGCCACCAGCCCGGCUUCCGCGCGGCCUACAGUGGAUUCACUUCUCGACCAACUCAGCACUGAUCUUCAUAAUGGUCGCAGCUCAACAUCCCCCGUCCCACCACCGACCUCGGGCAGUCUCCCUCGUCCGGGCACCAAGCAGGUGACGGUCACAGUCCAAGAGACGGUGGUGGAACCAGCUCAGCAGUCACCCCAAGUUCAAACCGCGCACCGACACCAACACGCAUCCAGCGCCACGAAGGAGCUGGACGAUCUAAUGGCAUCGCUCUCCGACUUCAAAUGGGGCCGGGAGCUUAUAAUAUUAGUACAUAGUCAAACAUUUGACUCGGACCGCAUUCGCUCUAGUCGCUCACGACCGUCGUACGUUACUUGUGUGAGCGGUGCCAGUCCUCCCCAAGGAGUUGAGGGUGGAGCUCACGUAUACCGGGAGAAGCGCGCGUGGCAGGAACAAUACCGAAGCAAUCCGCGUCAACCGGAGUCAGCGUCGCUCGAGCACAUGCUCGGUUCCCUACGAGCAGACAUGAGUCGCCAAGGAGUCCAGACGCCCCAGAAGGGAUGCUGUAAUGCCUGCGAGAAACCCAUCGUUGGACAGGUUAUAACGGCGUUGGGCCGAACCUGGCAUCCAGAGCACUUCACUUGCGCACACUGUAACCAGGAGUUGGGGACGCGAAACUUCUUCGAACGCGACGGAAGGCCCUACUGCGAGCCUGACUAUCACAACCUUUUCUCACCUCGAUGCGCAUACUGCAAUGGACCUAUUUUGGAUAAAUGUGUAACGGCCCUAGAGAAGACAUGGCACACGGAGCACUUCUUCUGCGCGCAAUGUGGCCAACAGUUCGGCGAAGAGGGCUUCCACGAGAGAGACGGCAAGCCUUACUGCCGCGCUGACUAUUUCGACAUGUUUGCGCCAAAGUGCGGCGGUUGCAACAAACCCAUCAUGGAGAACUAUAUCUCCGCUCUCAACACCCAAUGGCAUCCGGAUUGCUUCGUGUGCAAGGAAUGCCGUGAACCAUUCCACGGUGGAUCCUUCUUCGAGCACGAAGGGCAACCCUACUGCGAGACACACUACCAUGGCAAGCGCGGUUCCCUCUGCGCGGGUUGCCACAAGCCGAUAGCCGGUCGAUGCAUCACGGCGAUGUUCAGGAAAUUCCACCCCGAACACUUUGUGUGUGCCUUCUGCCUCCGGCAACUCAAUAAGGGCACUUUCAAAGAGCAGAACGACAAACCAUAUUGCCACGCCUGCUUUGACAAACUUUUUGGAUAG